CUGCGGUGGAGAUGGCUAUAAGCUAGCUAUCGGACAGGCUGAUUAGGACGAACGCGCAUCCCAUGGCAAAAGCAGCCGAGCGGCGAGCGUCGUCGCCGCCGUGCCGCUGAUGCCCUCCUCCUCGUCCGAAGCCCCACUCCUCACUCCAAGGGUCGCCGCCGCGCUCCUCGCUCGCUGCGCCUCCCGCGCCGCCGCGGCCAGCCUCCAUGCCCGCCUCCUCCGCUGCUCCCGCGCCUUCUUCCGCUCCCCCUACCUCGCCAACUGCCUCGCCGCCGCCUACUCCCGCCUCGGCGCUGCCUCGUCCGCCGUUGCGCUCCUGCGUCACGCGCCCCCCACCUCCAAGCCCAACGUCUUCACCCACAACAUUCUUCUGUCGGCGCUCCUCAGCUCUGGCCUCGUGGAGGACGCGCGAACGGUGUUCGACGGAAUGCCCCAGAGGGAUGCUGUCACCUACAACUCCAUCAUCACCGGCUACAUCGAAGGUGCGCGUCCGGACGAGGCAUUCCAGCUCGUUUACACCAUGAGGGAGCAUGGUGUCAGCCCCACCGGCUUCACCUUCUCCAUCAUUUCGUUGGCGGUUCACUCUGCCCGCCACGGCCUGCAGCUUCAUGCUGCUGCUGUCCGCCACGGUCUGGCACACCGUGAUGCUGUAGUCGGCAAUGCGCUCAUCAACAUGCAUCGCCGGAUCGGCCUCAUGAAGUAUGCCGUCCGUGUCUUCGCAUGCAUGCAGGAACCGGAUGUCACUUCAUGGAACUCUGUCAUGUCAGUUUACAAGGAUCAAUCUCUCAGCAGUAUGGUUUUUGAGUGUUUACAGUCCAUGAGGAGCAAUGGCGUUUCAGUUGAUGAGUGCAGUGUGUCCACGAUUCUCAGUGUCUGCACAGACGUUGAAGACUUCGCCAAAGGUGACCAGAUCUUGGCCCUUUGCCUCAAAACGAGCUUCCUUUCAAACUCCAUCGUUUGCAGCACUGUUAUUGACUUCCUCUGUGUGUCUGACAGACUGUCUGAUGCUGUUCGGCUUUUCAGAGGAAUGGCAGCAUGGGACUCAGAACCUUGCAAUGCACUGAUAUCGGGCUAUGCAAGGAGUGGCCUAAUGGAAGAAGCUCUCAGCCUCUUUGCAACAUCUCUGCGGAAUGGUGUUGUUCCAACCGAGUUCACUUUUUCCAGUGUGCUGAGAUGGAGUUCAUGUUUUGGUUUGAUGGAGCAGGGCACUCAAAUCCAUUGCCUAGUUUGUAAACUUGGAUUUGGGGAUGACGUAAUUGUUGCCACCGCCCUCACUGACAUGUACUGUAAGUUGGGCUUGGUGAAGCAUGCCAGGAAAAUGUUCAAUGCAGUUGGUGCCAAGGAUUUGGUCUUAUGGAACACAAUGCUACUUGGCCUAUUGCAAAAUGGAAGAGGUAAAGAAGCUCUUGGAAUAUUCCGAAGGAUGCUCAAGCAUGGUAUCCGACCUGACAGAAUUACUCUUCUUGGAGCAUUAUCAGCCUGCAGCUUAAAAGGUCUGGUGAAUGAAGGAAUGGAUAUAAUCUCCCUAUUUAAAGAUAAAUAUGAUGUUAUGCUUAGCCUGGAGCACCAUGCUUGUGUGGUAGACAUAUUAAGUCGUGCAGGAAUGUUCAGAAAGGCAGUAAAUUAUGCAGAGAACAGGUUGCAUAAGUGUGGAGCUUCUGCGUUCUCUAAGAUUCUUGAGGCCUGCAUAAUUGAAGGGAACUUUCACAUGGCAGAGCUCAUUGCAGAAAAGAUGGUAACACUAAAAUCUGUAUCAUCGUUGCCAUACAUUGUUUUGGCUCAAACAUAUGGUGCCAGAUGUAAGUGGGAGAAAAUGGCCAGAGUGUGGAGGUCAAUGGAAGAUCAAUGCACAAUUAAGGUUCAGCCAUGCAGCUGGCUGUGUAUUAAGAACCAUAUCCAUGUGUUUACAUCUGAUCAACUAUUGCAUCAUGGAAGAGGAGCUACAUAUGAGGUGUUGGAUCUUCUACUUUGGGACAUAUUGGAUCAUAAAUAUGCUCCUAGCUAUUCAGAGACCAAGAAGAGUGAAGGAUUAACUUGUCUCCAGCUGUUCUUUGAUUACACUCAAUGAGCUACCUAACAAGUUACCUUGCCGUCAACAAUAUGGAAGUUCGGAGUACCAGAUACUAUGAACACUCAGAAAAAGGGCAUUGCCUUGAAGAGCCUCCUAGCCCCCUCUGCAGUAUCACCUGUUUUGUUCCUAACUUUCCUCCAUCGAUGAUCUCACCUGGAGCCCCAUUAAGACCUUUGGAUAUUCGUUGAGACCAUUGUUGUAGGUUGCAGUUGUUAUGUGGCAGCCUAACUGAAGAAGUUGAACCACCACGUGAGGUUUCAUGGAGAUAUGAACCGCAGGAAAAUGAAAUACAAGUGCAAGCACUGGCAAUCACUUUCCUAGUAUAAUAGCAACCCCAGCAACCAUAUGCAGGACUGGCAUUGUACCUCACAACAGCCAAGCUUGCAUGGAAGAGGACACGAACAGCAGCCCACACCUGAUCCAACCCACUGGGCCAUUGAAGGUGAACAAAGUGAUGAGGGAAAAGAAAGAAGUGUUGCUUGACCCAUGUUGCUGGUUGGCAACUUUCCUUGAGCUAGGGCAACACGCACAAUACAAGUUCUGCAAUUACCAGUUGUUGCCGGCCAGAGCCAGCCAGAUAUGGAAUGGUGAUUAAAUUCAUAGAGUGACAACACAGAUAAUGCUAGCUAAGGACAUCACAGUACUGGCUUGCAAGUCUUUUUCCUUCACAUGCUUAAAUAUUUUGGUCUACAGAACACUUGGACAUGAAUAUGGACGGGCAUACAAGGUAACUUGCAUAUUACCGUUUCAGUACCGGACCAAAAUUUAAUAGCUGCUCUGUUUUGUUUUAACUUUGUUCCUACAACGGCUCCAGUCCUUUAUCUACUCUUUUCUGUUCCCAGCAGGCCUUGGUCUGCUACAUAUCACCCACAAUAUAGCUAGCUGUGUGAUUUGAUUUGAUUCACUUUAUCCACAAUGUAUCAACCAUUUUGUGAUUGCUUCGAAGUCCAUGGUCUCCACUACUUCUGUAUUGCUCUUAGGAUUGUGAUCGUUGCAUGUCUACCCCAAAACUAAAGGAGUUACAACACAUAAUACCACAACAAGCUGUAGGAAUUGGAUGGGACAAAAACAUCCCCAGCAACAUGGUAAGGCCAUAAGGGUUACAUACAGCUAAUUUAUAUAUUUCAAUAUAUGCAGAUCACAGUAGUUCUUUUUUUGUCUGUUCCCCCAGAAAGUUAUGAUGCUAUAAAUAUAAUGGCUUGACCUCUUGUAAAAAACGGUAGAGUUACUUUGUUGCGGAAUCUCAUCUAUGGUAUGUACAGUUACAUUGUCUCCUUA